AUGCAAUUUAUAUGGGGACUGAAGAGUGCCCUGUCGGUUCUGAACCCGCAUCACCCGCACCAGCACCAUCGCCAUAAAGGGCCAAAGCGACCAGAGACCAACAUAGCUGAUGACGUCACUCAGCUCAUCGGUCGCACGCCCAUGGUUUAUUUGAACCAACUGGCGGAGGGGUGUGUGGGGAGCAUCGUGUGCAAGCUUGAGGGCAUGGAGCCGUGUGGAAGCAUCAAGGACCGCGUGGGGUACAGCAUGAUUGCAGAUGCGGAGGAGAAAGGGCUGAUUAAGCCAGGCAAGAGCGUGCUGGUGGAGCCGACGUCGGGCAACACGGGCAUCGGCUUGGCGUUCAUAGCAGCGGCGAGGGGCUACAAGCUCGUCCUCACCAUGCCCGCCUCCAUGAGCCUCGAGCGCCGCGUGCUGCUCAAGGCCUUCGGGGCCGAGGUUGUCCUUACCGACCCUGAUGAGGGCAUGAGGGGAGCCAUCAUCAAGGCCAAGGAGAUCGUCAGCCACUCCAAGCACGCCUUCAUGCCUCAGCAGUUUGAGAACGAGGCCAACACCAAGAUUCACUUUGAGACGACAGGGAGGGAGAUAUGGGAGGACACGGAGGGGCGAGUUGAUGCGGUGGUGUGCGGUAUUGGCACUGGUGGCACAGCGAUGGGCGUGGGACAAUAUCUCAAGAGCAAGAAGCCGAGUGUGAAGAUGAUUGCAGUGGAGCCUGAGGAGUCAAAUAUCCUGUCAGGUGGAUACCCAGGACCGCACAUGAUCCAGGGCAUCGGAGCGGGCUUCAUUCCAAGCAUUCUGGAUGAGAGCAUGCUGGAUGAGGUCAUCGCGGUCAGCAGCGACGACUCCAUCCAGAUGGCGCGCCAGCUGGCACUCAAGGAGGGCAUGCUGGUGGGCCCAUCGUCUGGUGCGGCGGUGGUUGCUGCGAUUGAAGUUGCAAAGCGGCCCGAAUAUGCUGGGAAAAUGGUGGUGGUAUGUCUCUCCCCUAACCUGACACCCCCCCUCUUUCACUUUCCCCUUCUCUCCCCUCUUUGCCUCCCCCCACCCUCCCAGUCUCUCGUGCACACCCCAACCUCCACACCGUUCUCAACCUUCCGCGAUUCUUCACUUCCGCUUCCGCCAAUGGCAGCGCUCCGCCAUCCGCCCUGCGCCGCGCUUGCUUCCCCAUGGCUGCGCCCAGACGCGCGGCCGCUACUGCGACGACCCGCGGGCGCAGGCGGGGCGGAACGGCAUGUGCGCAAUCCGCCAACAGUUCGCGGAGUGCGGGCGGAUUCCCGCCGCGCGGAGAGUGAGGCGCGCGGGAAUUGCGCGGACUUGGCGGAACAAGGGGGACUCGGCGUGACGAGACGAGCGCUCCUCUCGUCCUCCCUCCCCCUCUCCAUCGCCCUGCUUGCGCCCCCUGCUCUCGCGGUGCCUGCCCUCGGAGAUCCUUCAGUCACCAUUGCUGACGUCACCCGUGACGUCACGCCAGCUGGCAAGCUGCCUGCUGCUGAGGAAGCAACGGUGGCUCUGUUCGAGCGCACCACCUACUCAGUGGUGAAUAUAUUUGAUGUGACUCUGCGACCAAGCAUGAACACCACGGGGCAGGUGGAGGUGCCGGAGGGGAACGGGUCGGGCGUGGUGUGGAACAGCGACGGGUAUAUUGUUACCAAUUACCACGUGGUUGGGAGUGCACUCUCGCAAAACCCCCCUGCUGGAAGGACUAUCGCCAGAGUCACUCUGCUCGGGACAGACGGCUUUCAACGCAAUCUGGAGGGAGUGCUGGUGGGGGCGGAUCGGACCAAGGACCUUGCAGUGCUCAAGGUCUCUGCCCCUCCCAACCUCCUCCGCCCGCUCCCUCUCGGCGAUUCCUCCUCACUGCGGGUGGGGCAGCGAUCCUACGCCAUCGGCAACCCCUUUGGGUUCGACCACACGCUGACAGCGGGGGUGCUGAGCGGGGUGAAUCGCGAUAUCUACAGCGCAGCAGGCGUGGUCAUUGCAGGGGGCGUGCAGACAGACGCUGCCAUCAACCCCGGCAACAGUGGCGGCCCUUUGCUUGACUCGGCUGGAAGGCUCAUCGGAAUCAACACCGCCAUCUACACCAACACCGGCACAUCUGCCGGGGUGGGCUUUGCGAUUCCUGUAUCAGUGGUGGCGCGCGUGGUUCCCCAGAUCAUCCAGUAUGGCAAGGUCAUUCGCCCCACUCUCAACCUACAGCUGGCUGCUGAUGGCAUUGCCAGGCAGCUGGGUGUGGCAGCAGGGGCGCUGGUGCUCGGGGUGAAGCCUGGAUCAGCAGCGGCCAAGGCAGGGGUGACGGCAACCAGGAGGGGCUUUGCAGGCAACAUUGUGCUGGGAGAUGUGAUUGUAGCGAUUGAUCAGUACACGGUGAAAAUGGCUGCUGAUGUGGACAAGGCCUUGGAUGACCUGUCAGCAGGUCAAACUGUGUCGCUUCAGUUAUUGAGAAAUGGUGAGAAGGUGAUGGUGCAAUUUCCUCUUGAAGAGUCUUCAUAA